GUUUUCACCGGCUAACCCCUUUACCCGUCUAUCUCUAAUCAUAACUUUUUAACUAUGAUCAAAAAAAUGUCAUGGAAAGCUACCGGUCUAAAAUUUCCCCCCUCAAUUACGGUGGAUUCCUCCGGAAGUACUUAUUCUUAUUUCCGUACUUUUAUUCCCUACUUAACCAUCAUCCUGUCUGCUUGACUUGUCCAAACACACACACACACACACACACAUCGACAAUAGACAGCUAGCUCUACACCUACCACCACAAUGAAAGCAGCUCGCCGUCCUUUGCGCCCUCUCGCGGGCACCCCUUCCUCCGUUCUGACCCCCAGAUACGUCAGCCGCACCAGCAACCCUAAGUCAUCGGUGGCGACUUCGACAACAACAACAACGAACAAUGUGUGGCAACAAGAACCUCAGACUCCCAAGCAGGAUUCUUCCCCUUUGGCAAAGCUUCCCAUCUCAUCGGUUUUGCGCUCCCUUGUGAUUCUAUCCGUGUCAUCUUCUUCACUUCUCCUGAAGCCAUGCAUCAAGACGCUGUCGAUGCUGGCGCAUCCUAAGACUGCUGUUCUGGAUGUGGCCAAGAACCCUCUGCUCAAUAUGCUCGUCAAGCAUACCAUCUACAAGCAGUUCAAUGCAGGCGAAAAUAAGCUUGAAGUCCAACGGUCCAUUGAAGACAUUAAGCGUCUUGGAUACAGAGGUGUGCUGCUUGGAUAUGCCAAGGAGGUCCUAGUUGGAGAGAGCAAUGUGGACCCGAAGGAUGAGCAAGCAGCCCGCGAGGAAAUCCAGAUGUGGCUGGAUGGAACUCUGCAGACCGUCGAUAUGGCGCAGGAGGGAGACUUCGUGGCCCUGAAAUUCACCGGCAUGGGUGUUCAGGCGCUUGAUGUCCUGCAGCGUCAGGCUGCACCAACCGAGUUCAUGGACCGUGCGAUUCAAGAGGUCUGCGAUUUGGCUAUCUCGCGGAACGUGCGCCUGCUCGUGGAUGCGGAGGAGCAGGCCGUCCAGCCGGGUAUUGAAGAGUGGACCAUGAAGUACCAGAAAUACUGCAACUCUCAGACUCCUGGCCGUGCCAUCUUCUACAACACUUAUCAGGCUUAUCUCUGCUCCACUCCGGCAACCCUUGCCAAGCACCUUGAAAUGUCCCGCCAGGAAGGUUACACUCUUGGUGUCAAGCUGGUUCGUGGCGCGUACCUUAAGACUGAGCCUCGUCAUUUGAUCUGGUCCACCAAGGAGGAAACGGACAAGUGCUACGACGGUGUUGUGGAGGCACUUCUGACCCGCAAGUACAACUCCAUGCUGAAGUCUGCGUCUGAGAAGCACCAGACUGAUCUGCCAUCUGUUAACGUUAUCAUCGCCACCCACAACCGGGACUCCGUUCGCAAAGCACAUGCUCUCCGUACUGAGCAGGCGAUGAAGGGAGAGAACCACGGUGUUGAUCUGUCCUAUGCUCAGCUCCAGGGAAUGGCUGACGAGGUCAGCUGCGAACUUCUGCAAGGCUUCCAGAGUGCUGAGGUGAUGAAGGGUGCUUCUAUGGAGUCUCCCAAUGUCUUCAAGCUUUUGACCUGGGGAUCCGUCAAGGAGUGCAUGGGCUUCCUGAUGAGACGCGCUAUUGAGAACACCGAGGCUGUUGGCCGCACCAAGCAAUCCCAGGAGGCGAUGUUUGAGGAGCUCAAGCGCAGGGCACGCCUGGCGUUCCGCCGCAGCAACUGAUCAUCUUUCCUUUCCUCCAUCACUCUUAGCUUUCAUUUCUUUUCUUUUUCUUUUUCUUUUUUUUUUUU